GCAGGUAAAGACCGGAGGAGAGUUUGAUUUAUAUUGUUCCAAAUGAUUUUAUGUUUGAACAUGCAGCUACACAAAUGCAUUUAUUUGUCAGUUUUGCUGAUGAUCUCUAAUGGAUUUAUUGUAAAAGGUCCGACAGAUCCUCUGGUUGUUCCUCUGGGAGGUUCAGUGGUUCUGCCCUGUUCUGUUGACAAACCUUUACCAGCUGACACACUGAAGGUGGUUUGGAUAAGAACAGACUCAAAUACAUUAGUACACGUGUUUCAGUCUGGUGAAAGUAUACCAGAGGCCCAAUAUAAGGAUUUUCAUAACAGAGCUGAUUUCUUCAGCGAGAACAUUCCACAUGGAGAUUUCUCCCUUCUGUUGAGCAAUGUGAGAGUUGAAGAUAAAGGUUUUUACAGAUGUAAAGUCUAUAGUGAUGUGGAUUCUGAAGAAGCUCUGGUCGAAAUAAAAGCAGUUGAGCGUUUGAUCGUAACAAGAUCAGCACACAACAUAUCUGCAUUUGUGGGUGAGGACGUGACUCUAAACUGCUCUGUGGACUCUCACAACCCGCCUGAAGACAUAGAGGUUUCAUGGAAGAAAACAGAUGGAGAUGGGGACGUCUUUGUACUGACGUACCAAAAAAACAGAACUCUAUUCGAAUCCUCAGAUGAGCGAUACAGAGGCAGAGUUGAGCUCUACGCUGAUGAAAUCCACAGAGGAAACUUCUCUCUCAGACUGAAGAGCAUCAGAACUGAAGAUAAAGGACUUUACAUGUGUCAAGUGUUUGCUGGACCGCUUACAGCCAACACGACUAUAGAACUUCAACAACUGGGUUUCUCUGUUAUACACAUAUUUGUGUUAUUUCUCUGUAUUUCUGCCUGUGGAUCUUCUGUUGUGCUAUCUGCGUUAUGGUGCAGAUCACAAAAUACAAGAAGCGCCCUGUUUUUUCAAAUGUGUGUUGUCUCUGCACCAAACCUUAUUAUGUUCUUUGCCUUUUUGUUCUGGGGAGUUACUGAGGGCUUUCUGAGUGAGACUGUUGUGUGCUGUGCUCACUGUGGGUUAAGGAUCCUUCUGCUGUUAUGGGCAUCUCCACAUACAGAGCGUUUUCCAGGCAAUCACAAAACUGCUUUGCACUGCAGUAUUCAUCUAGAAUACGCCCUCUUUACAAAUGUUAUUUAUUCAGUUCUUUUUCAGUCUUUUCGGAAAAAAAGCCUAAAUUAUUCAGAGUCUGACAGAGUCCUGAUAACAAUCCUCUUUGGAAUAAUGAUUCUCAUUUGCAUCAUCAAAAUUAUUUUCUUAUUGGCUGAAACUGUUAUAAAUAAGGAUGGCAAUGUGCGUGCUAUAUUAGACUUUGUGUCUGAUAUUGGACAUGAUGCUCUGCCUCCACUGCAGCUCAUCUUCCUCUAUUAUGCCUUUGGGGCUGCUAGUCAAGCACUUUUUUAUAUUGGAGUUUUUCCGCUGUUCCUAACAUUGACGAGGUACAAUUGGAAGGACGCAUGUCUAAUAAAUAUGAAGUAUUUACGCUCAGCCAGGAGAGGGGCGUGGCUAGUUUUCAUGAUAGUGGUGACUUGGAUCAUGGUAUAUUCUUACCUCAUUGCACUGGAAAAAGAAAAAGAUUGUUUUGGGUGGACUUGUGUAGCUGCAUUUCUACAAAUACUCUGGGGAAUCGUCGUUCUGAAACACUCAUUUGGAGAUCUGGAUCUUCCUUUUCGACGUAAUGUGUGUCUUAUUGGAUCUGUUGGUGUUGUGUCUGUGGACUCUAUUGCACUGAUGGCAGAACUGAUACAGAAGAAAGUCACUGGUGAGCGUGCAGUGGGGGAUCUGAGAAUCGUUGUCUUCCCCUGUGAAUGCGUCUUCGCAUGUUCUGUGCUCGUGUUAGUCAUCUUUGAACCCUACUUUAAAAAUCUGCAGCGGUGUCAUCAGAAUGAGACCGGUUCUGAUCCAGCCAAUGAAUCACACCAGAACCAGCAUGUGCCGAAUGAGGAAGUAUGUCACCAAGUUUUACCCAACGGACCGGAGCAGAACACAAACAAUGAAUCAUUUGAAAUGAGAUCUCUGCUGCAGACACAAAAUAACACAACAUGAAUCACAAAACGCAAUGAACAAUGAGAUAAUAGACUUCUUGAACUGACCUCACAAUAUCACGUUGUGUAGCAAAAUUGCAGUGCCGGAUUUGAGAUGGGUUGACUUGCAUAAUGUACAAAUGUGCUCAGAUUGCUGCUGUGAGUUUACAUUUUCAGUCUGUAGUUCCAGUUCAGAUUCAAAUCUACAGUUUAUGACUUUUGCAGCACUUUACUUCUGUAUUUCCACCUCACACACAUCAGUUCAGGUUGUCGUCCUGAGCUUUUUUCAGUAGGCUCUCAGAACUGUAAUUUUAGCUGUGUUAAUCUUAUUUGUGUGUUGACCACUAAAGCUAAACCGGGUUGAACCUGUUCAGUAGCAGGACUGAAGGGCUCCGAUGAAAAUUAUGCCCGGGGGGUUUAGAGGUGGGGGCACACUGUUACAAUAGUCAUUAAAUGACUGAAUGUUUCUUUUUAAUAUUAAAAGUUAUUAUAAUAGAUAGAUUAUUAUGUUUGGUUUUGCAUAUGUGGAAGAUUGUAUGUACCUUUCAUAUAUUCUGAUUUUUGCUUGGAUCGUUAUAAUUUUUUGUCACUGUUUUAUGAGUGUUAACUUCAUCACUUAUCUUUAUCAUUAGGAUCAUUAUCACUCACUUCCUCAAUUUGCUUAAUUUGGAUAAAAGCAUCUGCUAAAUGGAAUGUAAAUUAAUAGGCUAUAUUAAUGCAAAUAGUUGUAUAUCUUGAAUAUCCAAUGUUUAUUUUGAAUAAGAAUUUGGUAAUGACCUUCUGUUGGACACCC